GGCAGCGUGUGGCUGCAUCCCAGAAGAUGGCAGAGUACAGCAUCCUCCUUCCGGACAUGGACAUGCCCUUCAAUUACAACGCAUCAGACAACAACUCAGCCUAUGACGAUGACUACCUGUGCUCUGAGACACAAGACGGCCGCCAACACCCCCUGAAGAAGCUCUUUGUGCCGCUGGUCUACCUGCUGAUAUUCGUGCUGGGGGGGCUGGGCAACUCCCUGGUGCUGGUGAUCAUCUGGCGCUAUCGCCACACCCGCACCACCACCACCGAGCAAUUCCUCUUCCACCUGGCCUUGGCCAACCUCCUGCUGGUGCUCACCUUCCCCUUUGGGGUGGUGCAGUGCCUGGCCGGCUGGGUGCUGGGGACUUUCCUCUGCAAGGUGCUGAGUGCCAUUAACAGGGUUAACUUCUACAGCAGCAGCCUGCUGCUGGGCUGCGUCAGUGUGGACCGCUUCCUGGCUGUGGUGUAUGCCGUGAGGACCUUCCAGAAGCGACGCGGACUGUCCGUCCACCUGACGUGUCUGGGGGUUUGGCUUCUCUCCCUCCUGUUGACGCUGCCCGACUUCCUCUUUACAGAGGUCUGGCAAGAGAGCAGCAACAUCAGCUUAUGCCACUUCCAGAAGGACGGAAUCCACGGCAGCAACGCAUGGCUGGCCACUCGCUUCCUCUACCACAUUGUGGGCUUCUUCCUGCCCUCUGUGCUCAUGUGCUACUGCUACACAGCUAUUGUGCGGGUGCUAUGUAGGUCCCAGCGCCUGCAGAGGCAGAAAGCAGUCAAAAUGGCCAUCUUGGUCACAGCGGUCUUCCUGCUUUGCUGGAGCCCAUACCACGUGGUCAUUUUCCUGGACACGCUCACCAAACUGGAGCCCAGCGGCUGCGGAAUGCCGUGGCUGAAUACCGCCACAAUCGUGAGUGAGAUGAUUGGCUACAGCCACUGCUGCCUUAACCCCAUCCUCUAUGCUUUUGUGGGCGUCCGAUUCCGCCACGAUGCCUGCCGGCUUUUGCACGACUGGGGCUGCUUGAGACAAGCCACCCUGCAGGAGAUCCUGGGCCCCGGGAGGACAGAGAGUACCACCGAGACAGAGGUCACCACCCCCGUCUCUCGGCAGCCCUCCUCGCCCUGCACGCUGAGUCUCCAGGCCACAUCCCCAGACGCGUCUGGCCCCCCCUUGCUUUCUCCCGCAGCCCCGGUGAGCCACAGGUCCCAGUGGAUUAGCGGGGACCUGGCUCGGCCCUAGUUGAAAGCUUGCCCAGAAGGUCGCUGAGCAGUGCCCAUUUCACAAGCCACAUGCUGCCGUGGCUGGCCCCUCACCC